UGGGGCGCGCAACUACAAACAAGUCUCAAAUACGGAACACGAAGAAGAAGCGCCGUACCGCUUAGCAGGAAGUUAGAAAAAUUACACACAACGUAGUUAUCUCUCAUUGAAAAUAACACAAAAACCCUACUUUUCGAGGUAAAGUAAGUCUGCGAAUAUUUAUAGCUGAAGAUCUUGAGUUUGUGAAUAAAAACAUUAAUUUCGUUUACGUCUACGCCUGCGCACACUCAGCAGAAAAUCGAGCCUCUCUGCCUCCCCGCCAACCACAAGCACCGCAGGGUCGAGCGGACGUCGACUCAAAACAACCCUGGCAUUUUGUGCUUCUCCAAUAGAUAGGUUCCGGUGGUAAAAUGGAGAGCCCACAAUCCAGUGAAAAAGAAGUCCUUCUGCUGCCGUCUCUGCGUCUCUUCAUCCCUCCGCUGCGCCUGGUGUCUUCAGCCCUGUGGCAGGUUGUCCAGAGAGGGAAGGUGACGGACUAUGGUCUGGUGGAGGAGUUUGUCAGCACAAUCACUGAAAUCAUUCCAGAUCUACUGAAUGCAGACCAGAAAGCUCAGCUUCUCCUGGGACUCAGAGCGCGGGUUGUUCUAGAGUUGUGUCAGUCAAAGGAGAUAACAGACAGAGAAACCAUCUCAAAUCACCUCGAACGAAUCAAGACCCUUGUGUCCAGCUGGGCAGCGCAGCCUUGUUUUGCCAAUGUGGAGUUUCCGGAGUCAAACUUUGUUGAUCAAAUCGAGUUGUUGUUGAAGGACCCUGAGGAGAAGGAGAAGUUCUUCCAGAUUUCUUUCCAGGAUGUCUUCCCGACAGAUUUUGGGCCCGAUUACGACAACGCAUUGCAGGUGCUAAUGCUGGACUUCCUGUCCAGGCUGGACAAGCUUCUCCCAGUUCCAGAUAUUCAGCAGACUGCAUCCCUGCUCUCUGCAGUUCCAUCUGCACUGGAGGAGUGUUUGCACUCAGGUGUUGAUAUGCAGCUCCUAAAAACUGUGCUCCUCCAUCACUCAGGCCUGGGACAUUUUGAUUUUUCUGAGGAAUCUCCCAGCCUCUUGUCAUCUUUUGGGAACUGUAUUCUCUCAUCACUAUCCCUCCCUCAACUGGAGAAAGUGAUAAUCAACACAGAACAAAUACACCUGCAUUCUUCAUCGGAGCAGAUGCAGGGCUGUAUGGCGGUGCAGGUGGAGGGCGAGACUGUGACUCUGUUGGACUACAUACAGAUUGAGCCGCCAUCGGGUUUGGUUGAUCAGGAAGAGAACGAGGGGAAUGAGGAGGAACCGACUGCAGAGAUGGAAGAAGAGGACGACGCUAUAAAACCAGCUGCAUUUCAGCCGCUGAAGCAGAGCAAAAGGCUGCAGUUGAAAAGAAAAGCUUUAAAAGAAAAGGACCUGGAGAUGGCAAGGAGACAGAGGAAGAAAUACUCCAACAACAAAACGUGCCCCGUGUGUAAUAAGACUUUUCUACGUGCCGCAGCCAUGAGGCGACACCAAGAGAUCCAUUCUGCCAACAGGGAUCUCAAAUACAAGUGCACGGGCUGUGACAAACGAUUCAGGGACCAGUACGACAUGAACCGACACACCAUGCGCGUUCAUGAAAAAGAGGAAUUGGGCAACAGCUCCAAAGAAGACAGCUCUGGUGAUCCCACUACCUCAGAGAUGUCUGAAAACAAAAACUGUAGUCUGUGUGGGAAGUACUUUGCUCGUCAGGUGGACAUGGAGCGACACAUGCAAUCCCACUCAGAGGACCGUCCUUACAAGUGUCCUUAUUGUGAGAAGAAAUUCAAGAAUCCUUACGUCUUAAAGAGACACCAGAAAGAGAUUUGUAAAAGCCAGGACCUGAAAAGGACAAGAAGGAAGGACUUGUUGGAGUCAAACCCGCAAUUUUCGUGGGAGAGUUUAAUGGAGGGUAAAGUUUGUCCCAUUUGUAACAGGGUUUUACCUUGCACCGCCGACAUAGCAAAGCAUUUACGGUCUCACACAGAGGAGCGUCCCUUCAUUUGUCUGACUUGCGAGAAGGGCUUCAAGUACAAAGACACGCUGAAGAAGCACCAGAUCAUUCACGGCCACGACGGGAUCAGGGAGGAAGAGAGCAAGUCUGUGGAACAGAUUCUGGCUGCAGCCGACGCACAGAAUUGCAAUGAUGCCUGUAGCGUCGAUCAAACGGAAAACAAUGCAGAUUUGCCCAAAGGCUCUACUGAGAAGGCCACAACACCACGGCUAAGAAAUUCUGUCACAAAAGCCCUCAAAGUUUGCCCGGUCUGCUGCAGGGCGUUCGACAGCGUGAAGACACUGAACAGACACAUACAGUGUCACACGGACGAUCGUCCGUACCACUGCGUCCACUGUAAGAAGAGAUUCAAACACAUGCACGGGCUGAAGAGGCACCAGAUCUAUGCCAUUUGUCACAAGAAAAUCGCCCGAUUUACUUGGAAAAAGGAGCUAAAAACCAGUUGCAGCCAAAACGAAGCGGCGGGAGCCGACCACCAGCUGGAAUCUGCUCUGAAGAUACCCGUCUGGUGCUCCAACUGCGGCAAACACUUCGAGUACCCAUCGGCACUCAAGGAGCACCAAGAGAACGUGUGCAAGGUGGAGCUGAGGGAUAUCAUGAAGUGCGACGAUUGUGGGAAAGAAUUCAAGAGUAUGACGAUGCUCAAAGUACACCAGCGUAUUCACGAUCCGCUCUACUGCAAAGAGUGCGGGAAGAUACUCACCAGCGAGGCCGCCUUCGAGAGGCACAAACUGAUGCACCGGCCCAUGCAGUGCACCAUGUGCGACAAGACCUUCACUUUACUGCGACGCUUGAGGGAACACUACGAGAAGCAGCACGACUUUGUGGGUCCGUUUCCCUGCGGUCAGUGCGACAAAACGUUCAUCCAACUGUCCUACCUCGCCAUCCACCAGAGAAUCCACAAAGGAGAGUUCCCCUACCACUGCUCCUUGUGCCCCGAGAAGUUCAGGUCCUCCAACUGUCUGACAGUCCACCAGAGGAAACACACUGGGGAAAAGCCUUUCCUCUGCUGGCAGUGCGGAAAGUGCUACCGCUCUGCAUCGGAGCUCACGGUCCACAUGGGCACCCACUCAGAGGAGAGACCAUGGGCGUGUACACAGUGCGAUAUGGCGUACCGUACCAAGCUGCAGUUGAACAACCAUGUCGAACAAGUCCACAUGGGGGUGCGGUAUCCGUGCAGUACCUGUGGGAAGGAGUUCAUGAAGGAGACGUCGCUGAAGAGGCACGAGCUCAUCCACACUGGGGAGAGGCCUCACCAGUGCACGGUGUGCGGAAAGACUUUCCUCACUGCCAAUGAGCUGCGGCUGCACAACCGCUACCACACCGGUGAGCGACCGUACAAGUGCGAAGUCUGCGGCAAAGCUUUCAUCCAGUCGGGAUACUUGAAGUCACACAUGCGCAUCCACACGGGAGAGAAGCCCUUCAAGUGUGACGUGUGCAACAAAGGCUUCAGGUUGUCGUAUCACAUGAAGAAACACAGACGGACUCACACAGGGAAACCAAAGAGCUACGUCUGUGAGGUGUGUGGACUCGCCUUCCUCCAGAAGAAGUUACUGUGGGAACACUCGCUAACACACAAUGUGAAAAUUGAACCAUCGUUCGCUAAUGAAAUGACAAUAGAGUUUCAGUGAAAAACAAGUUUCUUAUUAAAAAAUUAAAAAUUGGGAGAUUUGGUUUGUCCAUGACUUCAAGGUUCAAGGUUCAAGUUACGUUUUUGGUGAUGGUGUGAUUUGUUUACAUUUUCUCAAGAAAUAAAUCAGUGGAGAACGCAACCUU